AUGUCUUCUUCGACUCGGCUCCUGGCCGUGAUGGCUUUGGCACGGAUAGCUUUCGGAGCAGCACCACCAGCCCCUACUGGGGCCGCGGCCGUGGCAGCAAAAGCUGAAGCAGCCAAAGCAAACGUAUUGAAUCAGGACUUCUAUAAUUACCUUUUCAUCAUUUGCGGUUCUCUAGUGGUAGCGAUGAUCAUGUGGAGGAUGAGCACAGAACUGGUCAAAUAUGUUCGCCAAUUGACUUCUCUCAACAACGACACGCAAUCAUACUUCAUCGCUCCUUCUGAGAAUUUUGCCCGCUUCAAGAAGCAUCUUCUCUAUGCUCCAGUGGUCAGCAAGAGACAUAACAGGGAAUUCCAAUUGUCCUCAGCAGUCAACAUGGGAACACUUCCCACUCGUCUUCAGCUCGCGUUUCUGGUUGGAUAUAUUGGCACGAACGUCGCCUUCUGCGUUGUGAGCAUCAACUGGGAUCUAGCAUAUGCUGAUACUCUCAAGCAAUUGAGGAACCGUACUGGUAUCCUUUCCGUUGUCAACAUGAUCCCUCUGUUCAUCAUGGCCGGACGAAAUAACAUUCUGAUUAACUGGCUUAAUAUCUCAUUCGACACGUUCAACUUGCUUCACAGAUGGUUUGGCCGUAUCGUGGUUCUCGAGGCAGUUGCCCAUACGGUAGCAUGGGCCAUUUCGUCAUAUUCAAGAGGUGGCUGGGCUGCUAUUCAGGCGUCUAUCACUGGAACUCCUUUCAUUACGUAUGGUUUUGUUGCUACUGUCGCGUUUGUAGCAAUCUCCAUCCAAGCCAGCUCAAUCUUCCGUCAUGCAUUUUACGAAACCUUCAAAUAUAUCCACAUCGCUCUCGCCAUCCUCAGCAUUGUCGGACUAUGGUAUCAUCUUAAGCUUGCAGAGGUUCCACAGCUUACCCUGCUUUACGGCGUCAUCGGUAUUUGGGCAGCCGAGCGUGGUACGCGACUUGUCAAAUUGGCAUGGAGAAAUGGAACUGGCUCCAAGGCCCUCGUCGAAGCCCUCCCAGGUAAUGCUGUCCGCGUUACCGUCGACAUGCCUCGACCAUGGACUUUCAAGGCCGGCCAACACGCAUACCUAUACAUGCCAUCGGUUGGCUUGUUCACCUCGCAUCCGUUCUCGGUUGCGUGGUCAGAAGAGGCGGAAAACUUAGAAGGUGAGAAGCUCGCAAUGAAUCGACAGGAUAUACUGGCUAUGAAGAAGACUUCCAUGUCAUACGUCAUUCGACAAAGAACAGGCUUCACCAAGAAGUUGUUCCAGAAGGCCGAAGGUUCUCCCGAUGGAAAGUUCUAUACUAAGUGUUUCGCCGAGGGCCCUUACGGUGGAAAGCACAUGAUGACUUCGUAUGGAACAGUAAUGCUAUUUGCCGGAGGUGUUGGAAUCACCCAUCAAGUACCUCACGUUCGUAAUCUAGUAGCCGGGUAUGCCAACGGGUCAGUUGCUGCUCGCAAGAUCGUUCUCGUUUGGAUAAUCCAGUCUCCCGAGCAUCUUGAGUGGAUUCGACCGUGGAUGACGUCCAUACUCGCCAUGGACAAGCGACGUGAUGUUCUCCGUAUCAUGCUCUUCAUCUCCCGACCUCGCUCGACUAAGGAAAUUCACAGCCCUUCUGCAACCGUCCAAAUGUUUCCCGGAAGACCAAAUAUCGAGACUCUCAUGGACCUCGAGAUCGAGAACCAAAUCGGUGCUAUGGGCGUCUCCGUCUGUGGAUCUGGUGCAUUGAGCGAUGAUGUGAGAAGUGCAGUAAGAGCCCGACAACUGGUGAGCAAUAUCGAUUUCGUGGAGGAGGCAUUUUCUUGGUAG